AUGUCGUUGAUCGAUCGCUUUCAUAAACAUAGGGAUCCCUACGACAUGAACAAUGCGAUACCAAGCUGGGACACCACUACACAACUUAUGGCAGUCACCAAUAUGUUUGGUGAUCUCAAUGUCAUUUCAGCCGCAAUUGAGGUUCUCGAAGAGACUGUGGGGCUGAUUGAAGGCGACAAUUCUACAAAGCGUGUCAUUUUGUACAAUAUCAGUGCCUUGUUGACGAUCCGCUUUGAGCGCCUCAGUGACCUUGAUGAUCAUCCUGAUAAAUUCACCUUUUUGAACAACUUUAGAAUCUUGUUGUCUGACCGUUUUGAGCGGCUAAGCGUUCUUGCUGAUCUCGACAAGGCGAUUUCACUGAUGGAAGACGCACUACGACUCGGUCCCGACGGUUAUCCUCACAAGCAUGCUUGCCUGUACAAUAUCGGUACCUCGUUUUCCAGCCGCUUUGGGUGGCCGGGCGAUGUUGCAGAUCUCCACAAGUCAAUCUCAAGGAUAGAAGACUCGCUGCGAUUUACUCCGGAUGACCAUCCUGACAGGCCCAUGUAUUUGACCAACUUCGGCAAGUCGCUCUCCCACCGCUUUGAGCGACUGGGAAACCUCCCUAACCUCUACAAGGCAAUUUCUGUGAUGGAAGAGGUACUGCAACUCACACUGGGCGACUAUCCUCAAAAGCCUGGUCGUUUGAACAACCUCGCCAACUCAACUUCAUUGAUGGAAGAUGCAGUUCGACUUACUCCAGACGGUCAUCCUACCAAGCCCGUGUGUUUGAACGGCCUUGGGACCUUGCUACCGAGCCAAUUCAAGCGGCUGGGCGAUCUCACUGAUAUUGAUGACGAUGGAGGACGCGCUGCAUCUCUCGUCCCAGUUGACCAUUCACGUAAGCCCAUCAUCUUGGGCCAUCUAGGUCGAUUGCUCUUGGGACGUAUCGAGCGGUUUGGUAACCUCGCUGAUAUCGACAAGUCCAUUUCGAUGAUGGAAGACGCGUUACGAUUCACUCCAGAUGACCAUCCUGACAGGUCCGCGCAUCUGAUAGUCCUCGGAAAUCUGUUCUCCCAUCGUUUUGAGCGGCUGGGAAACCUACCUGAUCUGAACAGGUUGAUAUCGGUGAUGGAAAGUGUGCUACAACUGAUUCCAGAUGGCGACCCAACCAAGGUCAUGUGUCUGGACAACCUUGGUAGCUUGUUCUUGAGACGCUUCCAGCGGCUGGGCGACCUCACAUGCAUCGACAAGUCAAUUUCAGUGUUGGACGAGGCGGUACAACUGACUCCCGAUGGUGAUCCUUCCAAGCCCAUGUAUCUGAAUGGCCUUGGUGCCUCUCUCAUCUGUCGCUUCGAGGGGUUGGGUGACAUUAUUGAUGUUGACAAGUCCAUCUUAGUGCAAGAGGACGCAGUCCGGCUCACCCCGGAUAGUCAUCCUCACAAGCCUGUCUAUCUUGCCAACCUUGGUGGCUCGACUCUUGUUGUGUCGUUCUCGAGCCGAUUUGAACAGCUGGGCGAUGUUACAGACCUCCACAAGUCAAUCACGAUUCUGGAGGAUGCUCUGUGCCUCGCACCUGACGGCCAUUCUGGAAAGCCAUCUUUCCGGUUUAAUCUCGGCGAGGCAUUCUGCAGCAGCUUUGUGCACCUUGGCGAUGUUUCUGCUCUCUACAACGCCACACUCUAUCUCUCCAACGCCGCGCGUUCUUCAGUGGGCUCCCCUUCUGAACGCUUCAGGGCAUCGUUAAAAUGGGUUACCUGUGCUGAUCUUGUAGAAACAGCAGAUGUCGUACGUGACGAUGCAGCUGCCGUUGCGCUUCAAUGUGGCCGCCGUGACGCUGCCAUCGAAUGGCUCGAGCAGGGUCGCUCGGUUGUGUGGAACCGGCUGUUGCAGCUCCGUACUCCCCUUGAUGGACUGCAGGUUAAUCAUCCUGCGCUUGCCAACAGACUUCGGCAAGUAUCGAAUAAUUUGGAACAAGCUAGUGCACAUGACAUCUCUGAAAUUGGGGAGAUGCAGAAGGAAGGACUAUCCAUGAACGAAGAGACUCGACGACAUCAUACACUUGCACUCGAACGUGAAAAGCUUCUUCUCGAGAUCCGGUCCCUACCAGGAUUUGAGAGAUUUUCACUGCCAAAAACGGUCUCACAGCUCACUUCAUCGGCGCAUUCAAGGCCCGUCGUUGUCCUGAAUGCCAAUUCCGAUGACGUGCUUCAUGUCACCCUUUCCAAUAACACCUACAAGCAGGGCUUCGGAACGCGUGCAGAUGAAUCACAAUUAUGGAUGAAGGUUACCAAGCCGGUGUUGGAUGCUCUUGCUUUCUCGACUCCGAAAUAUCCCUCUCGCAUUUUCUGGUGCCCCACUGGCCCGUUUUUAUUCCUUCUCAUCCAUGCUGCAGGUCUUUAUGAUACCGCUGAACCUGGUUACAAGCUUUCAGACUUCGUCAUCUCAUCGUACACCCCCACCCUCGGAGCCCUCGCACCCUCACAGCAUAAAAACGUUACCUCAAGUAGCACACGUCUUGCCCCUGUUCCUCAGCCCGAAUCAGACGGGCAUAGCCGGCUGCCAGGCGUGCAAAGAGAGGUAGACUUUAUUAGAACGACGCUCGAGAGCCUCCCAUCUACGCCCGUCUCCCUCAUGGAGUCCAAUGGAACUGUGGAAGACGCGCUGGACAAGAUGAAGGGAUCGGACUGGACUGCCGCCGCCUAA